AUGUCAGGAUACGCUAGUUCUUCCUCGUGGACGACGUUUUUGAAGUCGAUUGCUUCGUUCAACGGUGAUCUGUCGUCGCUGUCAGCUCCACCGUUCAUUCUGUCGCCUACUUCGCUGUCUGAGUUCUCGCAGUACUGGGCUGAACACCCGGAUCUGUUCCUGGAGCCAGCUCUGAUCGACGAGAAGAACUACAAGGAGAGAAGCGGCGCAGCAGACAGGGAGGUGGAGUCGCUGGAGAUGGCGAGGAUGUUGGCUGUGGUGAAGUACUUUAUUUCGACGCUGAAGUCGCAGUAUUGCUCGCGUAACGAGUCAAUGGGCACCGAGAAGAAGCCGUUGAACCCGUUCUUGGGGGAGCUGUUCGUUGGGAAGUGGGAGAACAAAGAGCAUCCCGAGUUUGGCGAGACAGUGCUGUUGAGCGAGCAGGUGUCGCACCACCCGCCGAUCACCGCUUACGCGAUCUUCAACGACAAGAACGACGUCAAGCUGCAGGGCUACAACCGCAUCAAGUCGUCGUUCUCGAAGUCGUUGAUGCUGGGGGUCAAGCAGUACGGCCACGCGCUCCUGGAGGUCGGCCAGGACUCGUACCUGAUCACUCUCCCACCGCUGCACAUCGAGGGCAUCCUGGUCGCGGCACCCUUUGUGGAGCUCGAGGGGAAGUCGUACAUCCAGUCGUCGAGCGGGUUGCUGUGUGUGGUCGAGUACAGCGGCAGAGGGUACUUCUCCGGCAAGAAGAACUCGUUCAAGGCCAGGAUCUACAGGGACUCCAAGGACGCGAAGAACAAGGAGAAGGCGGUGUACACCAUAUCCGGCCAGUGGUCAGGCACUUCCAAGAUCACCAAGCACAGCGGGGUCGCCAAGAGCAAAGAUGAAAGCUCUACCGUGUUCUAUGACGCCACCAGGACCCCUGCAGAGCAUUUGAAGGUGAAAGACUUGAAGGACCAACAUCCGCUGGAGAGCAGGAAGGCCUGGAAGGACGUCGCUGACGCGAUCAGACUCGGCGACUUCGACUUGAUCGGACGAACAAAGACGGAGUUGGAGGAGAAGCAAAGGGAGAUGAGAAAGGACGAGCAAGCCAACGGCGUCAGCUGGCAGAGAAGAUGGUUCAAAGACGUCGACUACUCGCCAAACCCAAAGGACGCCGUCUACGUGCCAGAGAAAGAUGAUAUCUUCAAGAUCUUGGCCUCGCAGUGCAACCUCUCUACAAAGAAUGUGCCCAGCGGUACCCUGGUUGAUGAAAAGGACGACAAGAAGGAUGCGACUUCGCUGCACUGGAGAUUCCAACGCAUGCUCUGGGACAACGAGAAGGAGAUCAAGCUAUAA